GUCAACAUGUUUAAAACGCACAAAGAAAGGAAUAAAAAUUUUUAUGGCUCGUUUCCCAACGAAUCCAGAAAGAAGAGAUGUUUGGAUUGCUAACAUAGGCAAACAUAGAUUAAGGAAUUGGAAAUCGACAAUAGAUCUGUUUGUAUGUGAAGUACAUUUUGCAAAUAAUAUGUGGGAAAAAGUACGCGAUGACGGGAAAAGAAAAUUAAAAGGCAACGCUGUGCCCACAAUUUUCCCUGCUCAAUUGGAAAUGAGCAGUGCAUCUAUUAGUACAAACGAAAAAACUAAUAAAUCUUCACAAAGGCAACCUGGUGCAUUUGAAACAUUUAAUGUUCAUGAAGACAAGCAGCAAGAGGACUGUCUCGGAGCAGAUGUUCCUGAUAUUAUUCCAUUGACAUCGAAUUCCUCUAUUCCUACCUAUUCAAGAGAAAUAAGCAACCAAGAACUUAAUGAAGUUGAACGAUUAAAGAAAGAGUUAAGAGCUAAACAACCCAUUCCAACCGCCUUGCAAUUCAAGCAAAAUUUAAAAAUAAUCGCAAUUUUAAAAUAUUUAAAACCUGUAGGUAAUUCCAGCUACGAAGAAGACGACAGAAUUAUUGUUGGCGAUUUUUUGAGUACACCUAAAUCUAAAGAAAUAAAAAACCGUUUGCCACCUGUUCCUGAUUUGUCAACGAGAAAAAUACACAUAGGGGACAUUGAACUGAAU